AUGGUUACCUGGUUGGAGACCGACCUUUUCACUAUGGGCUUAGGAUUCCUAAUGCUGUCGAUGGGACUAACAUUGACAUUUGAAGAUUUUAGGAGAUGCAUGAGGAAUCCAUGGACAGUUGGUGUGGGGUUUCUUGCGCAGUAUUUGAUCAAACCUUUGCUUGGAUUUUCUAUUGCAUUGGCCUUGAAGCUAUCAGCUCCUCUUGCAACUGGUCUUAUCUUGGUCUCAUGUUGCCCUGGUGGACAAGCGUCAAAUGUUGCAACUUAUAUAUCCAAGGGAAAUGUUGCGCUUUCAGUUCUUAUGACCACUUGCUCAACUAUUGGUGCUAUAGUGAUGACACCCCUCCUGACUAAACUCCUUGCUGGUCAACUAGUUCCUGUUGAUGCAGCAGGAUUGGCCAUCAGUACUUUCCAGGUCGUUUUGGUGCCGACUGUUGUUGGAGCAUUGGCCCAUGAAUAUUUUCCUAAGUUGACUGAGCGCAUUAUCACUGUAACGCCCCUGAUUGGUGUCCUCCUCACCACUUUGCUUUGCGCGAGCCCUAUUGGACAAGUCGCAGAAGUGUUGAAAACUCAAGGUGGUCAACUUAUUAUCCCUGUCGCUUUGCUUCAUGUUGCUGCAUUUGCUCUUGGGUACUGGUUAUCGAGAUUAUCUACCUUUGGGGAAUCAACCUCUAGGACCAUCUCAAUUGAAUGUGGGAUGCAGCUUGGAGGGAGUGCUCUUGCAGUUUACUGGAGAAACAAAGGGCUUCCAGCGAAUGACAAAGAUGAUUUCAAGGAGUAA